AUGUCACAAGCCACAGCAAUGAGGCGCGGAUUUGUGCUGAUCGGAUUGUACUGUUGGCUAAGCUGCUGUUGGCAAGCGGCGGUAGGCGAGCUUGUGCAGUACUUGGAGGUGUUGGAGAAUGCGCCGCCGGGCACGCGAGUGGGUUUUAUCGAAGCUGACAGCCCGCCGUAUCUAGUGGUACCGGUGCCAGGCUCGCGUGCUGACUCGGACUUGCAGGUGGAACCCGGCAGCGGUGAAAUCCGCACCCGCGCAGUUUUGGAUCGCGAAAAUCGCGACUCGUACAGCAUGGUGGCUCUGCCGCAAAACGUACGUGUGAUAGUACGUGUGCUCGACGAAAACGACAAUGUACCGAGCUUUCCGGUGGAUACGCUGCAGUUGGAGUUCCCAGAGAACUCACCACUAGACUCGAAGCGCGCGCUGCCUCCUGCCAAGGAUCCGGACCUCGGGCGCUUUUCCACUCAGCGUUAUGAUAUCGUCGCGGGCAAUGAAGAGCAAGCAUUCCGGCUGGUUUCGCAGCGCGGUCGUGAUGGCGUGCUCUAUCUGGACCUACAACAAGCGCGCGCGCUCGAUCGAGAGACGCGCGCCUCCUACCGUUUACUUGUCGAGGCCUCCGAUGGCGGCGAGCCGCCACUGCGCUCGCGGCUACAUGUAGACGUGGUAGUGCAGGACGUGAACGACAAUCCACCGGUUUGGUCACGAUUGCGCUACACGGCCGAGCUAUCGGAAAAUGCGAGUGUGGGUACGCCGGUGCUACAAGUUGAGGCCCGCGACGCCGAUUCUGGCGAUAACGGUCACAUCGAGUACUCGAUCAACCGUCGCCAGUCGGAUCGCGACGGCGUAUUUCGCAUCGAGCCUGACAGCGGCUUGGUGCUACUCUCGCGACCCCUUGACUUCGAAUCGCGCCAGCAUCACGAGCUCGUAUUGGUGGCACGCGACCGAGGCGUUCGACCGCUCGAGGCAUCGGCUUUCUUGAGCGUAUGUGUUACUGACGUCAACGACAAUCAGCCGAUUAUCGCGCUAAUUUUUCUAUCGGACGACGCCACACCCAAGGUGAGUGAAGCUGCGGAGCCGGGUGAGCUAGUAGCCCGGUUAUCAGUCAGCGACCCGGAUUCGCGAGCCGAGUAUGCCAAUGCAAGCCUCAACCUCAAUGGCGGGGAGGGCCAUUUCGGCCUUGCAAGUCGUGACGGCGUGAUUUACCUAGUGGUGGUGGCCGCUACGCGGUCUCUCGAUCGUGAGCUUUGCGCCUCCUACGAGCUGGUUCUUGAAGCCAGCGACGCGGGCAACCCACCACUGCGGGCGAGCCGCAGCUUUCGUCUCGCUGUCACGGAUGUUAACGAUAACGCACCGCAUUUCGAGCGUCAGUGCUACGAAAUCAGCCUGCUCGAGAACACGGAGCCCGGUACUUCGAUCUUGCGCGUGCACGCUCAUGACCCCGACGAGGGUCCGAACGCUCGAGUGCGAUACGCAUUGCUCAAUACCACCGCUAGUUUCGGUUUGGAUUCGGAGUCGGGCCUGCUCACCAAUCUAGCACGACUUGACUGUGAGGCCGACCCGGCGCCAAGGUUGCUCAUCAUAGCCGUCGACGGUGGCAGCCCCGCCUUUACAGCAACUACUACUGUCCAGCUCAUUGUACACGGGCUUAACAAUAACGAGCCCAUCUUCGAGCGACCCUUCUACAAUAUCAGUUUGCCAGAGGACCUUCCCGCAGGCCGGUGCUUUCUGAAGAUUGACACUAGAUUGGUAUUUAUGAUGAAAAUAAGUUGCUAA